UAACUGUGAAUGGUGUAGCAGCUAAAAGGCCUACUUUUUCUAGGCCUGUCUUCCUAAAUGAAUGAUGAAUCAGGGAUAAUAUAAUAACAUAAAAACAAAAAACAGUUUUAGUUAAAGUAAUGGCAUGAAAGACCAAUAAAUCCCCCCGAUGGUUUCUAUCAAUGAUAUCAAAAGAAAUAAGUGAGAAAAUGUUUAUGGUAGUUCAAGAACCCUGUCUCAUCCUGGAGACUCCUGAAACUUGUAACAGUCGUUCUGCUAACCAACUGGCCCUGUACACUUACGAAGAUAACACUGACAAUCUGAAAUUAGCCGAUUCAGGAGCUGGUGGUCUGCAGGAAAUUGCCACAAAGUUUGACAACCAGAGUGUGAUGUAUGGAUUCUGCAGCAUCAAGGAUUCUGGUUCUGGCCUGCCUAAGUAUGUCCUCAUAAACUGGGUUGGUGAAGAUGUUGAUGACAUUCGAAAAUGUACAUGUGCUAGUCACGUGCCAACAAUUGCAGACUUCUUUCAGGGGGCAAAUGUUAUUGUGAAUGCCAGCAGUCCCGAGGACGUAGACUCAACUGCUAUUCGUCAAAAGCUGACCAAUGGCACAAUGCACAUUUCGAGCCCAGUUUUGCGCCGACUUCACCUGAAAGAGGACGAUGAUUUAUUGGGUCCAGUGGGCACCACAUACCAGAAGACCAAUGCUGCAAUUGAAAUGAAGCGAAUCAACCGAGAACUGUUCUGGGCACAGGCAAAGAGAGAAGAGGAGUUGAGGAAAGAAGAGGAGCGUAAGAAACUGAUUGAAGAAAGAGAAAAAUUCGAGAAAGAGAGAAUGGAGCAAGAGAAGAAAGAACAAGAAAAUAGAGAGCAAAGAUACCGGGAACGAGAGAAACAGAUAGAGGAAGAAAGGAAGAAACUGCAAAGCCUGGAAGUUGAUGAAAUCAAAUGUGCAUCAAAACAGAGCAACUACCGGGACGUGCAGAAGGAGGGAAUGGAGGAGAAUGAGGAUGAAGAGAACAAGGGGUCGAAAAUCAGCGAUUCUGCUGAGAAAGCAGCUGAAGCCGCAGCUCUCAUUGCAUUGCGGGAUGGAAAUCCUCGGGAAUUCUUUAAGCAACGAGAACGAGCAAUGACAACAAGUUUUGAGACUGUACAUUUUUCAGGCCAAAGACCAGCUCAUCAGACACAAUUUGAAAUGACCAGAGUGGAGGAUGUAACGUCAUUUAGUGCUCCCGAGUCGAGUAUCGUUGCAACACCAAUAUACGAGGAGAACGAAGAGGCUGAGGUUGAAGAGCUUCCAAAUCUAUUCCGGUUUACAGACAAGACUGUGCUCGAAUUUCCAGAAGAACCACCAAUUCAGUAUGAAGACCCAGUGCCAGAAUGGAAUGUGCCAAGCUAUAGCGAGGAACCUGGUCUUGUAGAUGUAGACAUCCCAAACCCUGUCUGGCCUGAGGCACCCAGCUUCCUACACAUUGAAGAUUCAGUACAGAGUGACCAAGCAGGCUUCAUAAGUACUGAGGAACAACACCUUGUAGACAUUGGGAAUCCACAAACAAAUGAGAGUUUUCCACAAGUAAAUGAGAAUUUGCUGGACCUUUGGGAGGCCAAUGGAAUAGACCAGCUGCCCUCAAAGUCACACAGUGAGCUGGCAGAGAAGCCAUUGGCCUACACCAAUAUGGAGGAGACGGAACUGAUUUUAAACAUGAAAAGCCCCCCGCUGGAUGAGUCUGUGCCAACAAAUGCAGGCAUCGAAGCAAAUAGCCAACUGCUCGUGAACUUCCAGGAAUCACCCGCAGAGCAAUCUGCAGAGGUGGUGCCUGCUAAGCCAGAGCAGCAACAGUCCCUGAGCUGUGGGGAAGCUGGGGAGGAGAACCUGCUGUGUUUCGAUGGCAGUGAAGGUCUUCCAGCACCACCACCAGACUGUCUGGAUUCGAAGCAGUGGGAGAACCUGCCGAGCCUCAUCGAGCUGGAAGGCUCACAACAGAUGAGUGAAGACUACUGCUUUGGAAUACAGGAGCUACCCAAGCCUCAAGAUGCCCAGGCAGUUCAAGACUUUUUCAACCAAUCACAGGAUGAGUAUAUUAAAGUCCAAACAUAUGUAGAGGAAAAUGCCAAUAAAAUACCAGACACAAAUGAUGUUUGCUGCUUCAAUUAUCCUCUCAACCAUUCUGAAUCCAAAGACUUGGAAAUUGAUAUUACCUAUUGUGACAAUGAUACUGACACAGAUCCAGACCAUUCUCCUGCAGACUGAUCUCACUCAGCGUGUUAACUCUUCUGUAUGACACUUAUGCUUCAAGUAAAUGAAAAAGACAAAAAUUGCUAAGUUUUAAUUUUAGUCUGUGUUUACUAUUUUUAACUGUAAUAAUUUGAAUGUAUUAUUUUCUAAAUUAACCUAAUUGUAUAUUGAUUCCACUUACAGCUGCUAGGUAGAGUCUGCUGAAGCUGAUAUGAUGUGACUAGCAGUGUUAACUAUCACCAAUUGCUUUUCAAGUACCAUUUUCAAAAGCACAAAUUUUGUGAAAUGCUAAUUGCUGUUGUAUGAAAAUAAACAGUUUCUGAAAAUCCA